AUGGAAUCAUUAACUAAAUCCGUAUCUUCUGGAGCACUAAUCGCAGUCGCAGUGGCACUUAUACAUGAUCCAUUGCUAGUCUCGCUGUGUCUGUCGGUCCUAGCUGCUUAUUGGACAUACCAUGCAAUCUCCUUGGUUGGAGGUGUCUUUGUUGCAAAAGGCCAAUUCGGAAAGGACUUGCUCAAACCAAACAUGCCUGUAUUACCGGAGAGUCAAGGUGUCGUUGCUGGAGCAGUCUACUUUGCAGUCAUGUUUCUCUUCAUUCCAAUCCCAUUUGUCCAAUGGUUUGCUUGGGGAUCUAUUGAGCAUGGUGGUGGUGUACCUACUUUCCCGCAUGAAAAGCUAGGACAGUUUCUAUCUGGACUAUUAGCACUUUUAAGCAUGCUCCUCUUGGGAUUCGCGGACGAUGUACUCGACAUUCGAUGGAGAGUGAAACUAUGGUUUCCCAUGUUUGCUUCAAUCCCGCUCUUGACUGUCUAUUAUGUCACCUAUGGAGUCACGCAUAUCAAGGUGCCAUUGCUAUUUAGAGCCUUUGUCGGCACUGAUCUUGUAGAUCUUGGACCAUUCUAUUACGUCUACAUGUCAUUCUUCUGUGUCUUUUGUACCAACUCUGUCAACAUCCUCGCUGGCAUAAACGGUGUGGAAGGAGGCCAGUCUCUAAUCCUAGCUCUCUCGAUCGUCUCAAACGACCUGUACCAAACCUAUACAUCCGAUAAUCGACUUACAGUAGAAGCACAUCUCACCAGCCUCUUCUUUAUACUACCAUUCAUCGGCGUGACUAUUGGGUAUCUCUUCCAGAACUGGUAUCCAGCCAAAGUAUUUGGUGGAGACACAUAUGCAUACUUUGCUGGAAUGAUAUUCGCAGUUGUAGGAAUACUAGGUCACUUUUCGCAAACUGUUCUGCUGUUUCAUAUACCGCAGAUUUUUAAUUUCUUGUAUUCGUGUCCGCAAGUGUUUGGAUUUGUAGAAUGUCCAAGGCAUAGGAUGCCAACGUUAAACCACAAGACACUUAAACUAGAAGCGUCACGAGUGAAACUAAACAAGACAGGCAGUUUAGGUCGAGGAAUGAUUCGAUUCCUUGAGAUAUUCUAUCUGGUUCAUGUCAAUAGAGAUCCAAAGACUCACGAAAUGCUAGACUGCAAUAAUCUGACAUUAAUAAAUCUGAUACUAGUCAGAUGUGGAUCGUUAAGGGAAUGGCAGACUACACUUGCGGUCAUGGCAGUGCAAGUACUUGGAUCCAUACUUGCUAUAACGAUACGAUAUGCACUGGUGCAUGUGGUGUACAACUAG